AGAUAUUUGUAAAAAUUCACCAGUUGCGUGGAUACAACGUCCCAUGGUUUUAACGCGUUCUGCGGCGUACUCCGUCUUGGUUCUAUUAAUAGCAGUAGUUUCGUCCCGAGGAGACACGCCGGUGUAACUGCAACUUUCGCACCUUUCGUUCCUCGUUCCCAGCACAAUAAUGAAACCGUGUAACGCUAUUAAUAGCAGGGGGAGUUUGCCGGUGAACCAGGAAGCCAGAGGAGAGAGCAAACUGAACUUAGGCAUUCCUAUCGCGACGUUCGUGGUUUGUGGUUUGAUGGUGGCCGGGGCUAGCCUCUUCCUUGUUAACAAGCACGAAGCGUUGUGCAGGGAGGUGGACGAACUAAAGAGACAGCAACAAAAGCUCAGAGGUGUUUUAGAUGACCUGCAAGCGUCUGGAGGAGCCAGAGAAAACUUGAAGACAGCAAAAUUGCGAUCCAGCUAGGCUUUAUAAACCCUACUACCAGGUACAAGCAGAUAAGAAAGUGAAUGGCGUCGUAUUAAUGGAGGCGUUCAGUGACCUGCCUAAUGGUGGAUGUCGUGACGGAAGGGGCGCUACUUCCAGUAGAGCUGACGCACCAUACUUUCCCUUGGACGCAGUAUACGUCGGUGGCGUUUUCUACUUCGAUGCGUGGGAUGAGAUAAGCGUGACAAUACCAAGGGACAGCCUAAAGGCUGUGAUUGACAUGAAUCCAAAGCGUUCCUUUUUUGGCGCUUUCAAGAUCCCUUGAAUAUGUUAAAAUACUUCUCAACAAGGCAUGUAAAUUUAAAUUUAUAAUCAUAAGCACAUCUAAAUGCAAGAUUUUCGCAGGAGAAGAAAGAAACGCGAAACGAGUGAGCAGGUGUAGAUAUAUAUUUCCCUCUCCUAUAGUUCUACAUAUCUGCACAUAAACAUGCCCAGUACUGAGACCACAGGGGAAUGCGCCUGUGACUUCUCAUGCCGUGUAAGACACUGUACAGGUUUCCGAAACUGCAGUAUUGGUGUAUAUCUUGGUCCCUGAUAUAUCUGACCUUAGUGCGAUCUUCGAUAUACAGAGUACAUGUAUGACUCAAAUCAUUCCCGGCGAUACGCGCCCGUGUUCCAUGUCUUGGUUUAUCUUAUAUAUGCAUGACCUCUGACCAGAUAUUUGACUUGACUCAAGCCCGGUGAUUCAUGAAUGAGUUCUAGUUCUUGGUUUAUGUUAUAUCUGACCUCUGACCGGACCUUUGACCUGAUUCAUGCCCCGUGAUUCAUAAAUGUCUAGUUUUUGGUUUAUAUUAUAUCUGACAUAUGACCUGACCUCUGACCUGAUUCAUGUCCGGCGAUACGUGACCGUGUUUCAGUUCUCAAUUUAUGUUAAUGUAUAUCUGACCUCUGACCUGACCUUCAACUUGAUUCGUGCCCGGUGACACGUGCCCUGUUUUCGUUUUUGGUUUAUGCUAUAUAUGACCUCUAACCUGACCUAUGACUUGAAUCAUGCCCGGUGAUAUUUAACCGUAUUCCAGUUCUUGGCUAGUGAUAUCUGACCUCUGACC